AAAAAGGGUUAGUGUUUCAUUUAGGAAAACAUGCACAGGCUAAUUAAGAUGGCAGAGAUAAAACUACAUGGAUCUUGGUAUAGUCCUUUCACUUUAAGGGUGGUAUGGACCCUAAAUCUGAAGGGUAUACCGUAUGAUAGUAUAGAAGAAGAUCACUUCAAUAGGACUCCUCAACUUCUUCAAUAUAACCCAAUACACAAAAAAACUCCAGUGCUGGUUCAUGAUGGAAAACCCAUAUGUGAGUCCAUGAUUAUUGUUGAAUACAUUGAUGAGAUAUGGCCACAAAAUUCAUUGCUUCCUGCUGAUCCUUAUGCUAGAGCUCAAGCCCGAUUUUGGGUUAAAUAUAUUGAUGAUAUGUUUUCGGCAAUUCGGGCGUUCCAUCGAAGCAUAAUUAAAGGUGAAGAACGAGAAAAGUCCAGGGAGAAUUUAUCGGAGCGACUCAAAGUUGUUGAGGACCAGUGCUUGGAUGAUCAUAAUAAGUUCUAUGGGGGAGAAACCAUUAACAUUGUAGACAUAGCUCUUGGAUCCUUUGUCAAAUUUAUUGAGGUUCAAGAAGAUAUGUUUGAAGUGAAGAUCUUAAAAAGUGAGAGAUUCCCCCGUUUGCAUUUAUGGUUUAAUAAUUUCAAGGAUGUUCCAAUCAUCAAAGAAAACACCCCUGAGCAAGAGAAGUUUGUGGCUUAUGUAAGGCCUCUAAUUGAAAAAAUAAUGGCAUCUUCUUAAGAAAACUAUGACUUUUAUGAAUUUAUAUGUGAAACAUGAAAAAUUCUAAUAUGAAGCGUCCACCAUAAAUUAAUACUUAAUAAAAUUUUAAAACACCAACGACGACGUAUGUCGUCUCAUGAUAAAGUAUUUGUAUCUUCGUGGGUCAUCUUGUAAUGUGUAUUUUUUAUGUUAAUAAUAGCUGCUUUAACUUUAAACAAGUUUAAUAGUAGCUUUAACUUGUCCUUCUACAUUUAA